UCAAAAAAUAUAACUACCUACCGAACCUACCUAACCUUCGAACUUCGUGAUAACCGGUGACUUGGACGAAAUCUUUUUAGAAAAUUUACAACGAAAUGACGACGAUAAAAGUAAGCAACGAACAGGAAAUAAUAAAUAGAUUAGCAUCCUACAUAGAGAAGAUAUCCAGUGAUGCUAUUCGCAAUAGAGGAAAGUUUUUUGUUGGCCUUUCGGGAGGCUCAGUAGUCAAAUACCUAUGUGAAAGUCUGCCAAGAAUAGACACAGAAUGGUCCAAAUGGAUCCUAGCAUUCUGUGAUGAGCGACUGGUGCCGGAAGAUAGUGAAGAUUCAACUUUUGGCGUGUAUAAGUGUCAACUCAUACCCAAAACAGAAUUGACCGAGAGCCAGUUUGUUGUCAUAAAACAAGGAGUGUCAGCGGAUGAAGCAGCAAAAGAUUAUACAGAAAAGCUGAAAUUAGCUUUCGGUGGUGAUGAUUUUAAAUUCGACCUACUUCUACUGGGCAUGGGUCCUGAUGGACACACAUGCUCGCUGUUCCCCGGCCACCCACUUCUGGAAGAAAGGAGUCUGAAGGUUGCUGCUAUUACAGACUCACCAAAGCCACCUCCAGCAAGAAUAACAUUGACAUAUCCAGUGAUAAAUAGUGCGAGGAACUGUUUAUUUGCCAUCAGUGGUGCUGGGAAAGCUGAGAUGGUGAAGCGCAUACUAAAGGACAAAGAAGACUUGCCCGCAGGAAGAGUCAAGCCAGAAUCGGGCUCGCUCUACUGGAUUGUAGACAACGCCGCUGCGGAAUACUUAUAACAUAAACUUCCAACGUCAUUGUAUUUAAGGGAAAAUUAUAUUUAUCUCCCAUAACAAAACCUCAUUUAGGUCACCUUUUAAAUUCAUCUACCUUCUAUAUGACAUUUAGAUACUUAUUAUCUGGUGACUCUUGCUAGCUUGUGUACCAUAAAAAAAUCAUCCAGUACAUAAUCUAGAUAUAUUUAAGAGAGCGCUCAGUGCUCACUAGCGCCGCCAUCAAUUUUUUUACAAACUGUCAGAGCAGAAACGGUUUUACUACGAACUAUAUUUUUUCAUUUUCAAUACCAAACGAAAUGGUCAAGUUUUGCCAGCCAAGAGGACACAAUUUAGCGCCGUCAUUUGUUUUCUUUUUACUACUUUUAAGCUAAGGAAUAUGCUGUGAUUUUGCAUGACAAAACAAAAUGACCAGUUUUGUAAUUUUUUUUUCUUUUAAGUUUUUUUGGGACCAACGUGUAAUGAUCAUUCCAUAUAGUGCAGUUGUUGCACAUAAUUGUAAAAUAUUACGUUUUUGUUUCUGGAGUUGUAUUUUUUUAAUAAAUUUUAUAAAUUGUUA